AUGGAAUACUUUGUCAUCACCAAGUUGGCCAAAUUGAAUCAUCGUGAACUGUAUGAGCGUUUAAAUGAAAUAUUCGAACAGUCUGAUAAAAGUGACGUUUAUUUUGGCAAUAUUCCAGUUUUAUUAUUUGGAGGUUCGGCUCCAUUUGAACCAGUUGCUGCUAAGCAAAUGUUUUGUCGUCCACUUGAUGAUGCUUUGUAG